GAAAUGGUCAGACGAUCAUAUUCUAUUCUUAAACACUUAACAAAAUAUCGUGACCACAAUACUUUUUACAAUUUUGAAUUUGAUUUUUUAAAUUCAAUUAAUAAAAAAAAGAUAAAAUGUUCUGUUUAACAUCGAGAUUAUUGCUUUGGAUUUUCUUCUUUAAUUGCGUUGAUGUUGAAUGUGCAAACACUGACGAAAUGUGUACAAGGAAUAUGACUGGUUUGCCUUCGUGUAAUUUUGACAAAAAUGGUUGUAACUAUGAAAGUCACAGCAACACUUCACUCAAAUGGCUAAGAGGAAAUGGGAGCACAGAUGGACCUUUCAAAUCUGAUUGGCAACCACCAAAUAAACCGAAUGGUUCUUACAUGUAUCUAAACUUCAGUGAUCCACACGUUCCUAUCAAUGCGUCAGCACUGUUCAGUGCACAACUUCCACUUGAGCCAACACUCUCAAUUUGCAUAGAGUUUCACUAUGCUACUACUGGUGAUCAUAAUCAAGAUAUUAAAGUUUAUACUCAAAACCAACCAACACAUUCUUCCAGAUCAACAGACAUACUUAUUGGUGAAAUAAAAAAUGCUAACACUGAUGGCCAGUGGUGUACUGCUAACUUGUAUACGUGUAUUAAAGAAAAACAAUAUAUUGCUUUUGAAAGUUUCAAAACUUCCACCAACGGUUCUGUCGCCAUUGACUACAUCAAUAUAACAAGAUCCUAUAGGAAAUGUGAUGACAGUUUCUUAUCGCAUCAAACAGUGAACGUCUGUCCAACUAUGACCACACAAGCGCCCUCUUCUACUACACUAAAAUCUGUUACCUGUGAGACUAUUGGGACACAUGGUGCAAACACUGACGAAAUGUGUACAAGCAAUAUGACUGGUUUGCCUUCGUGUAAUUUUGACAGAAGUGGUUGUAACUAUGAAAGUCACAGCAACACUUCACUCAAAUGGUUGAGAGGAAACGAAAGCACAGAUGGACCUUUCAAAUCUGACUGGCAACCACCAAAUAAACCGAAUGGUUCUUAUAUGUAUCUAAACUUCAGUGAUCCUCACGUUCCUAUCAAUGCGUCAGCUCUGUUCAGUGCACAACUUCCUGCGGAACCAAGUCUCUCAAUUUGCAUUGAGUUUCACUACGCUACUACUGGUGCCUAUGGUCAAACUAUUAAAGUGUACGGGCAAACUGACAAGGGUUCCAGACCAACAAAUGAACUUCUUGGCGAGAUCAAGAAUGCUAACACUAGUGGUCACUGGUGUACUGCCAACAUUUAUACUUGCAUCGGAAAUAAAAAAUUUAUUUUAUUUGAGAGUUUCAAAACAUCAUCCGAUAGUGCAGUAGGCAUUGACUAUAUUAGUAUAACAAGAUCUAACAGAACAUGUGAUGAAUCUACGUCCAGUAGUCGAGUGGUGACUUUAAGUCCACCAACAUCUACACCAAACAAAGCUGUACCAGAUAAAGUAUCUACAACUGGUUUAACUUCAGCCACUACAGCUAAACCUUCAACGACAAUAACAAUACCUUCAACAACUAAACCUACGCCACCAACAACCACAACUACUAAACCUACGCCACCAACAACCACAACUACUAAACCUACGCCACCAACAACCACAACUACUAAACCUACGCCACCAACAACCACAACUACUAAACCUACGCCACCAACAACCACAACUACUAAACCUACGCCACCAACAACCACAACUACAAAAACUACGCCACCAACAACCACAACUACUAAACCUACGCCACCAACAACCACAACUACUAAACCUACGCCACCAACAACCACAACUACUAAACCUACGCCCUCAACAACCACAACUACUAAACCUACGCCACCAACAACUACAACUACAAAAACUACACCUUCAACAACCCCAACUACUAAACCUACGCCAACAACAACCACAACUACAAAAACUAUUAAAACUACGCCAUCAACAACCACAACUACUAAACCUACGCCAUCAACAACCACAACUACUAAACCUACGCCACCAACAACCACAACUACUAAACCUACGCCCUCAACAACCACAACUACUAAACCUACGCCAACAACAACCACAACUACAAAAACUACACCUUCAACAACCACAACUACUAAACCUACGCCACCAACAACCACAACUACUAAACCUACGCCAACAACAACCACAACUACUAAACCUACGCCCUCAACAACCACAACUACUAAACCUACGCCACCAACAACCACAACUACAAAAACUACACUUUCAACAACCACAACUACUAAACCUACGCCAACAACAACCACAACUACAAAAACUACGCCAACAACAACCACAACUACUAAACCUACGCCACCAACAACCACAACUACUAAACCUACGCCACCAACAACCACAACUACAAAAACUACACCUUCAACAACCACAACUACUAAACAAACGCCAUCAACAACCACAACUACUAAACCUACGCUACCAACAACCACAACUACUAAACCUACGCCACCAACAACCACAACUACUAAACCUACGCCACCAACAACCACAACCACUAAACCUACGCCACCAACAACCACAACUACUAAACCUACGCCACCAACAACCACAACUACUAAACCUACGUCCUCAACAACCACAACUACUAAACCUACGCCACCAACAACUACAACUACAAAAACUACACCUUCAACAACCACAACUACUAAUCCUACGCCAACAACAACCACAACUACAAAAACUAUUAAAACUACGCCAUCAACAACCACAACUACUAAACCUACGCCAUCAACAACCACAACUACUAAACCUACGCCACCAACAACCACAACUACUAAACCUACGCCACCAACAACCACAACUACUAAACCUACGCCACCAACAACCACAACUACAAAAACUACGCCAACAACAACCACAACUACUAAACCUACGCCUCCAACAACCACAACUACUAAAAAUACGCAACAAACAACCACAAUUAUAAAAACUACGCCGUCAACAACCACAACUAUUAAAACUACGCCAUUAACAAAAACAACUAUUAAAACUACGCCACCAACAACCACAACAACAAAAACUACGUCAUCAGCUACUACAAUUACAAAAACUAUGCCACCAUUAACCACAACUACAAAAACUACUCCUUCAACAACAACUACUUCUAAAAGUACGCCUUCAGCAACCACAACUACGCCUUCAACAACCACAGCUACACCUUCAAAAAACACAGCUACACCUUUAACAACCACAAGAGCAAUUAAGUCUUCUUCAACUACAACAACUGAAUCUCUACCAUCCCAGUCCUCACCAGUGACAGGCAAUCUUUCAGAAGCAACUACCGAAUCCAAACCAACAAAUGUACCGUCAACAACGAAUGUAUCUUCCAGUCAGUCCAUUCUUGCCUCCAUAACGACAUCUCUCCCUGCGACUAGUGGAGUAAAAGCCACUACGUCUUUAUCAAGAAAUACAUCACUUGAGCUUCCAACACCAUCAAUGGCUACAAACGUUACUACAGCGGCAGAGACUCGCCUUACCUCACCAACAAUGUUAACAACUAAUCUACCGUUACCGACAACUCGUCCUUCAACUUCUCACAGGCCCAUGACUACCAUUAGGCCAACUACUGGACUUAAAACAACAGACACCAACAAAGGCAAGACAGACAGUCAAGUCAGCAAAGGUCUUUCUACCACCAAGACUGUCGUUAUUGCAGUCUUUAGCACUAUCGCCGGCAUCCUGGUCAUUGUGGCUCUAGUUGUUUUCUUUUUACGACGUCAAAGAUCAAAGGCUACUAAAAAUAGAACCUACAUUACAGACGACGAGGUUGUAGUUGAUGGCACGGCUAUCAAACAUGCAAGUUACCCAAUGUCAAUGAUGGAGAACACAAAUUAGUCAAGUUUUCUCGAUGAAAGCACCAACCCAAUGCAAAACUAAAACAAGAUCUUAAAGGGAGUUUGUGAUACAAACUCGUGGGCGGCCCCUGCGUGUCAGUUGUUCUCAAACAAAACAUGGUAUAUGGACAUUACGACACUUGCUAUAAAAGUUGCAGAGCAGCACGAACGAUCUUGUUUAAAAAUAGUUUUAUAUGUAUGUGCAUACAAAAUAGAUAUUAGUUUCUAAGAACAGAAAUGCACGUUAAUGGAACCACUUCCGUAGAUCUUGGUGAUAGACCAAUGAACAAAAAUUUUUACUUUAUCAUUAUUUCACAAAUUUAAAAAAAAUGUCAUUACUUCAGACAAUACUUUAUAGUUAUUUCCAUUUUAUUUGUAUGCUAUUGAUCAGUCUACGGUAGUACAAGUAGGCUAGAGUCGAUUUUAAAAGUGUGUAGGCGAAUGAAUACAAACUGUCGUAUGUAAUUAAAACAAAAGUGUUUGAGUUCAGAAACCAGAAGUAACCAUAGCAUCUUUACUAUAUUAUUUACAUUUCAAAAGUUUUAGGUUGUUAAACCUAUAGGUAAAUCCGACACUAUACAGGUGAUGAUGAGAUCAAAUAUUCCAUAGAACUGUAAUAUUUUAUAUCUACUCGUGACAGACAGAUUGAUAGACAGGCAGCAACUAACUAUUUAAUGCUUUUCCCUUUACGUACAUCUAACAAUAAUUAAUUUUACUUUGAAUAGGUCUAUAUAUAAAAUAGUUUGAAUGAAACUGUUGUGUUUGUUUGUUUGUUUGUUUGUACAUUGAACGUUACAUUCCAGACCAAAAUAGUCUUUGUAUAUAGUCUCAGUCUUACCACGUGGUUGUAGACAUUGGAUAUUGAUAUCCUGCUGUUUAAGGUAAAAUAAAAAUACUAUUGAAGAAUUUGAAUUCAUUUUAUCAUACAACAAGAUGAAUAUCUAACAAUUAUGGCUGCCUGGUCGUGUGGUAUGCCCACCGGACUGUCCCUGAGUGUGAACUCUGUCCGAUGUCCUGGUGGAGGUCUGUAUAAAACACAAACAUGGAGCAGAAGUGACACAGAUAAGCCCUUCGAUUGAUAGCCAUGUAUUUUGUACAGGAUUUGAAACACUUAAAACUGAAAACAUUAAGGUCACAUUGAGUAGAAGGCAUGCAACUCUCUGUGGCUAAGUGGACAUGAUAUUUCUUCAAAUCAGAUUAAACAACAGUGAGCAGUGGUUUUGUUCGACCAGUGGCGUAGCCAGGAAGGGGGAGAAUUUGAACAUCUCCCCGGACCUCCACUUGAGGGGGACCCCAAAUGAGUUUUUUUUUUACUUUAAAUAUUAAAUAUUACGCAAAAUGCAGGAGCCCUCAUAGAGGUUAGGCCCCCAAAUUAUGGAAAAUUCCUAGCUACGCCCCUGUGUUCGACUUGUCUGUUUGGGCCCCUGGGUCUAUAAAUCUCUUUAUUCGAGUAUGCCAUUAAUAAGAAGUCUCUAUAAUGAGCACAUGUUAUCUAAAGUAGCAACUGUCAUGAGGAAAAAAAGGAAAAACUAAAUAGAGAACCAAUUGGGAUAAAAAAUAUUUUAGCCGAAUUUAAGUCCUAAUUAACAUGCACGGCUGGAUUAAUUUAUAGAUGCUCGAAGGUGAUAAUGAUCUUCUGUUUUGAAAGAUAUGAUAGGAUAUUAGGAUAAUGAUAUAAAAUUACGUAGUUUUUUUGUAAUGAUUUUUCAGUCUGUACAAUAAUUUAAUAAAUAAGAACAAAUGUUUAAGUUUUCAAAUUUGAAUAUCUUUAAAUUUUUUUUUCUCAAAACUAAACCUCAUUAUGUAUGCAAUAAUUUUGAACCUAAUAGAUCACGGAUCAAUUGUUCAAUCCUGGUUUAAACUCUGGUCAGGACGUUUUAUUAUUUUUUUGUUUAUUAAUUCACAAUUUUCUCUCAUUGUAAAAUAUGGUACAAAGUGCUGUCUGUAUACAUGUAGCAUGUGUAGUGACCUAGUUUAGUUUAGAGAUUAUGUUAGUUUUGUAAAUAAAUAUAUUGUGCAUUGUUUUUUGCGACGGUAAAAGUAGUGACGUAGUCAGACGAAUGACGUUGCAGAAUGCGGGUACAAGAAGGAGAACAAGAUGGCUAGAGCUUAGAGAAAGAAGAAUGUUGUUAGAGACUGCUAAGUAAACGACGGAUAGUGAGAAAAGACGAUCAUCCCAUCUGUAAAUAAACAUCAGUAGAAUACUCCAGAAGUCUUAAUUACGUAUAUCAUCGUUAAUUGUAAUGUCCCUUGUCUAGUUUAGACUAAAGUGAAGUAUUGUUAGAUUUACACAACACACAAAAACCUAGCCAGGGCACAUGUAUGCAUCAAUAUUUACUGAGCAUCUAACAUUAAAAUAAAUCCCCUAAUAGUUUGUACAAAUUCUUUGAAUUUUGUUUGUUAUAUAUAUAUAUAUAUAAUUUUUAAUUAAAAUAUAUCUAGAUCUGGGCUCUAUUUUAGUCUUAUUUAGACUGUCAAGUGUAGGCCCCUACAAUGAGGAUAUUUCAAAACUGCGCGCUAUAAAAGUAGUUCGUUAUUUUUUAAACUUAUAACUAAAACGAAGUUCGUAUCAAAAUUCUUUUUUAAAAGCAUUUGAAUCAGUAUUGUAAUCAAUGAGUUAGUUAAUACAAAGAAAAUAAAUUGUAUAAUGAACCAUUGACACUUUUACCAUUGUGACCUUAGAUGAAAAUUUUUGUACCAAUGCGCGAAUCUAUGAAUGAAGCUUGAGUUAUUAAUGAAGAAGUCCAUGACCUUUUAAAAAAAGUUACCUCCCAUAAAGUUUUUCAUUCAAAAGUGGUGUAAUUUUUUGAAAAAUCUGCUUGCAUAUUAUGCAUAUAUAAUUUUUAAAAUUAUAUGGUUCACUUUCGGAAAAGAAAAAAGUAGCCGUUGCAUUAGAUGUCCUAUUUUCAUUUUCUCUUCUAGUUUCUGAGAUAUAAAUGGGACGGACGGACAGACAGGCCACACAAAACUAAUAGCAUCUUCUCCCCUAAAAAUUGAUGCAUUUUGUUAAAAUGUUCCAUUUCUUUAUCAAUCAUUCAUUAAUUAUUCUGAGCAAUGUAAUCGCUUUUACAAAAAGUCACCAGCUUCAUAUAGAUGGAACAGUCUUUCAAUAAAAAAAACUUUUUUUUU